AGGACAUUUUCGUCUUUCCAAAAAUUACCACUCAAUAUUUAUAAGUCCGUCUCAGUUUCUCGCGUAGCCACAAAGCUCACAAAGAGAAUUAAGAUAAUAAAAAACAAAAGGUCACAAAGAUUUCAAAACAAUCUACAAACUAUGGGUGCCCCAGAGAAGGAUCCUAGAGAGGAAGUUCUCCAGGCAUGGUACAUGGAUGAUAGUGAUGAAGACCAGAGACUCCCCCAUCACAAGGAACCGAAGGAAUUUGUGUCCCUAGACCAACUUACUGAACUUGGAGUACUCAGCUGGAGACUAGAUGCUGAUAACUACGAAACUGAUGAGGAGUUUAAGAAGAUUCGUGAAUCACGUGGUUAUUCCUACAUGGACUUCUGUGAGGUUUCCCCAGAAAAGCUGCCUAACUAUGAAGAGAAGAUCAAAAGCUUUUUUGAGGAACAUCUUCACACCGAUGAGGAGAUCCGCUAUGCUGUAGCGGGAAGUGGUUAUUUUGAUGUCAGGGAUCGUAAUGACAAAUGGAUUCGUGUAUGGGUAAAGAAGGGGGGCAUGAUCAUUUUGCCUGCUGGAAUUUAUCACCGCUUUACUUUGGAUUCAGACAACUAUAUCAAGGCAAUGCGGCUCUUUAUUGGUGAUCCAAUUUGGACUCCAUUCAAUCGUCCUCAUGAUGAUCUGCCUGCAAGGAAGGAAUACCUUAAAACUUUUGUGGAGAAAGAAGUUGGUGAUCGUGCUGUUGAUGCAGCUGCCUAAUAUCUAAAGUUGGUUCUAAAAUUGGCUUAAACAAACAUGUCUUAGUUUAAAUAAAUUUACCUAUGUAUGGUAUGGUAUGGUAUGGUAUGGUAUGCAUGUGUGGUUACCUUGUCUGGCCUCUAUAUCUAACUAUGCUCGUGUAGCAUGCAGUUGCUUACUUACAAAUAUGUACUGAUAGACAAUAUAUAGAUGGAAAUAUGGAAUAAGAAUUGUAUUGCUGGUUGUGUUUUA